AUGUGGUGUGUUCAACAGAAAGAACUGCAACUGGAUAAUAGGCUUAAAGGGAGAUCUGAAGGUGACCGCAGCACUGAUGGCAGUCACAGAGACAUGAAUGAUUCACAAAGGGCUACUAGUACUGAAACAAGUGCUGGUGCUUCACGUUCAUCAAGGGAAAGAGCAAUGCAAGAUUGCCAUUCUAGGGUAGAUGAUGGUUUGAAGGAUGAAGACAUUAAGGAAUUUCUACAGGUCAAGCGUGGUAGGGGCUCUGUUGGUUCGCGAAUGGAUGGAACUGGUCCUUACCUUCCCCCUUCCCCAGAUUCCCAGGCAAAGCAUUUAGCUAACCAUGAUAGGGGCAGCAGGGGAGACUGGGGACAUCGCAUCAGUCUUGGUCCCAAGAAGCCUUUUUUCCUAAAGCCUCGUGCAUCUUCUGAAAAGGAGCCUGUUGAGGAUGAGUGGGAGGAAAAGAAAGUUGGCUCAAGCAAGAAACACUCGAGAAAACACAGGUCAAAAGAGGGAGGGAAAAAGAUGUAG